CCAAUUUCAGAAUUUCUGUACGUUAGAGGGAAAACCAAAGAAUCCCUUUUUCUCAGGAACGGUGUCUCGUUCUCUCCCACUCUUUCUCUCUCCUUUUCAGUUUCGCAUCUCUUCGUCUCGCCCGUUCAUCCCUCUCUUCAUUUUCUUCUUUUUCGUCGUUGUUAUUGACACCCACAAUCAAGAACUCGAGACCCAUCAUUGCGUUUUCGUCCGUUACGUUCUCUGGGAGUUUAUAAGGGUCUCUGAGAUCGUCGUGGGUCGGAGAAUCUUUGAAAUCUUGUCGUAGCAGCCGGUUCAGGAAUAGGCAGGAGAGGAAUCUGCUUCUGGGUUGCUCCUGAGAAGAUCGAAUAGGAUGGCGAGUACUAUUGGGAUGAUGGACAGUGCCUACUUUGUGGGAAGGAACGAGAUUCUGACUUGGAUCAACAGUAGGCUUCAGCUCAAUCUUUCUCGCAUUGAAGAGGCUGCAUCUGGCGCAGUCCAAUGUCAAUUGAUGGACAUGACCUAUCCAGGAGUAGUUCCCAUGCACAAGGUGAAUUUUGAUGCAAAGACAGAAUAUGAUAUGAUUCAAAAUUACAAGGUUUUGCAGGACUCAUUUAACAAGUUGAAGAUUGACAAGCAUAUUGAAGUCAACAGGCUUGUCAAAGGCCGACCCCUGGACAAUUUGGAGUUUCUACAAUGGUUGAAGCGCUACUGUGAUGCUGUCAAUGGUGGCAUUAUGAAUGAAAACUACAAUCCUGUGGAAAGACGCACUAAGGGUGGCAGGGAAAGAGUUCCUAAGAGUUUGCAGAAGAAUUCAAAAUCACUGCAAUCAAACAAUACUUGUAACAUAAGCUCUACGGAUACAGUUGGUGUCACUAAAGCUUCUGGGCCUCAUCAAGGGAGGAUGAAUGAAACAGUAGGUGCUGCUGAUUCUUCUGGGGAAAUUCAGGCUUUGUUGAAGGAGGUUACAGAUCUCAAGCUAUCUGUGGAUUUUUUGGAAAAAGAACGGGACUUUUACUUUGCAAAAUUGCGAGAUAUAGAGAUACUUUGCCAGGCUCCCGAACUUGAGGAUAUCCCUAUGUCAAUAGCUGUGAAGAAGAUACUCUAUGCUGCCGAUGCAAAGGAAUCGGCUCUCGAAGAAGCUCAGGAAUACAUCCGCAGAUCCAGUCAUGACGGAACUGAGUGAUGUCUUUAUAGUUGCAGAACUAGGAUACCUUUCACCAGGUUGGAACAUGCAGUUUAAUCUGGACAUUGUACUUCUUCAGACAUUGCAUGUGCUAUGAGAAUAAACUGCAAGUGGAUAAUGAACAUCCCUUUUAAGAGCCUAACCCCA